AUGGCCCCAGAAGCAGUAAGAAGACGACUUCUCCCCGAAGGACCAACAUCAGAUGAGCCAGACAUCAACAAUCUAACUGAAGAAGAUAGAACCGCAAUAGACGCUGUCAUUUCGCAAAACAAAUCCAACUUUAAUGCUCACACUAUCUUCUGGAUGGUGGCUGCCAUGCUUGUUUUCAACUACACAGACUUUGCUAACGUAUUUUAUAACGAUGCCCGAGUUAAAGGUGAUAUGUUAAAGGUUGGGAGUGGUAUGAUUGCGGUUAACUUGACAGUUGGCGCCUAUUUGGUAAUUUAUCUCUCAUAUAUGAGAGGUAAAAAGGACUGGACUGCUCACACCCACCCAGCUUUAAUCCCCAUAGCAACUCUGUUUGGCUGUGCCGGAAUGGUUGUCUCUACUAUAGCGCUGUGGCCUGUUUGGACUUUUCUUACUCUUCCCAUUCUCUUUACUUUGUUCAUGGGGACCAUCAUGCUCGCAUCUCUCUUACCGUUUUAG